ACAGCAGUCGCCCAGCAGAAUCAAGGAGAGGUCCCCGAGCCUCAGGACAUGAAAGUAGCGGAGGUUCUCUUUGAUGCCGCGGAUGCGAACGCUAUCGAGGAGGUCAACCUUGCAUACGAGAACGUCAAGGAAGUGGAUGGGCUGGAUGUCUCCAAGGAAGGCACGGAAGCUUGGGAGGCCGCCAUGAAAAGAUAUGAUGAGCGAAUCGACAGGGUAGAGACCCGGAUCACCGCUCGCCUUAGGGAUCAGCUUGGCACAGCCAAGAACGCGAACGAGAUGUUCAGGAUUUUCUCCAGGUUCAACGCGCUGUUCGUCAGGCCUCACAUCCGUGGGGCCAUCCGUGAGUACCAGACCCAGCUAAUCCAGCGCGUGAAAGAUGACAUUGAGUCUCUGCACGACAAGUUCAAGGUCCAGUACCCACAGAGCCAGGCGUGUAAGAUGAGCCACGUGCGUGACCUGCCCCCAGUGUCAGGCUCCAUCAUCUGGGCGAAGCAGAUCGACCGCCAGCUGAGCGCGUACAUGAAACGUGUGGAGGACGUGCUGGGCAAGGGCUGGGAGAACCACGUAGAGGGCCAGAAGCUGAAGCAGGACGGGGACAGCUUCCGCAUGAAGCUCAACACUCAGGAGAUCUUCGACGACUGGGCCCGGAAGGUGCAGCAGCGCAACCUCGGCGUCUCGGGGCGCAUCUUCACCAUCGAGAGCACUCGCGUCCGGGGCCGAACCGGAAACGUCCUGAAGCUGAAAGUUAACUUCCUUCCAGAGAUCAUCACACUUUCCAAAGAAGUUCGAAACCUCAAGUGGCUUGGUUUCCGAGUCCCACUGGCGAUCGUGAACAAGGCUCACCAAGCAAACCAGCUGUACCCGUUUGCCAUCUCGCUGAUCGAGAGCGUGCGCACCUACGAGCGGACCUGUGAGAAGGUGGAGGAGCGGAACACCAUUUCCCUCUUGGUGGCCGGCUUGAAAAAGGAAGUGCAGGCUCUGAUCGCAGAGGGCAUUGCACUGGUAUGGGAAUCCUACAAACUCGACCCGUAUGUGCAGCGCUUGGCGGAGACCGUCUUCAACUUCCAAGAAAAGGUGGAUGACCUGCUAAUCAUUGAAGAAAAAAUAGACCUGGAGGUCCGUUCCCUGGAGACUUGCAUGUAUGACCACAAGACCUUCUCCGAGAUCUUGAACAGAGUCCAGAAGGCCGUGGAUGACUUGAAUCUGCACUCCUACUCCAACUUGCCCAUCUGGGUCAACAAGCUUGACAUGGAGAUUGAAAGAAUAUUGGGCGUUCGCCUACAAGCUGGCCUGAGAGCUUGGACCCAGGUGCUUCUUGGACAAGCAGAAGAUAAAGCAGAAGUUGACAUGGAUACAGACGCACCUCAAGUUAGUCACAAGCCUGGUGGAGAGCCAAAGAUUAAAAAUAUUGUUCAUGAGCUAAGAAUAACCAAUCAGGUCAUCUAUUUGAAUCCACCCAUCGAAGAGUGCAGGUACAAGCUCUAUCAGGAAAUGUUUGCCUGGAAGAUGGUUGUGCUGUCUCUUCCUAGGAUCCAGAGUCAGAGGUACCAGGUGGGUGUACAUUACGAACUGACUGAGGAAGAGAAAUUCUACCGGAAUGCUUUAACUCGGAUGCCUGAUGGCCCUGUUGCCCUGGAAGAGUCCUACUCUGCGGUCAUGGGCAUUGUGACUGAGGUCGAGCAGUAUGUCAAGGUCUGGCUUCAGUAUCAGUGCCUAUGGGACAUGCAAGCUGAGAACAUCUACAACAGACUGGGGGAAGAUCUCAACAAAUGGCAGGCUCUCCUGGUUCAAAUAAGGAAGGCCAGAGGCACUUUUGACAACGCAGAAACCAAGAAAGAGUUUGGGCCGGUGGUUAUAGAUUACGGCAAGGUUCAGUCUAAGGUGAACUUGAAGUACGACUCUUGGCAUAAGGAGGUUCUCAGCAAGUUUGGGCAGAUGCUCGGCUCAAACAUGACGGAAUUCCAUUCCCAGAUCUCCAAGUCCCGCCAGGAGUUGGAGCAGCACUCGGUGGACACGGCCAGCACCUCCGAUGCAGUGACCUUCAUCACCUACGUGCAGUCUUUGAAACGAAAGAUAAAACAAUUUGAAAAACAAGUUGAGCUCUACCGCAAUGGUCAGCGCUUGCUGGAAAAGCAGAGGUUCCAGUUCCCGCCCUCCUGGCUCUACAUCGACAACAUAGAGGGCGAGUGGGGGGCCUUCAACGACAUCAUGCGGCGGAAGGACUCUGCCAUCCAGCAGCAGGUGGCAAACCUGCAGAUGAAGAUCGUGCAGGAGGACCGGGCGGUAGAGAGCCGCACCACGGACCUGCUGGCAGACUGGGAGAAAACCAAGCCCGUCACGGGCAAUCUUCGCCCGGAGGAGGCGCUUCAGGCUCUCACCAUAUAUGAAGGAAAAUUUGGCAGGCUGAAGGAUGACCGAGAGAAGUGUGCAAAGGCCAAGGAGGCACUGGAAUUGACAGACACAGGACUUCUCAGCGGCAGUGAAGAGCGCGUCCAGGUGGCCUUAGAAGAACUACAGGAUCUUAAAGGCGUUUGGUCAGAACUUUCCAAGGUCUGGGAGCAGAUUGAUCAGAUGAAGGAGCAGCCGUGGGUUUCCGUCCAGCCUCGAAAGCUUCGACAAAAUUUAGAUGGCCUCCUAAACCAGCUGAAAAACUUCCCUGCCCGAUUACGGCAGUACGCAUCCUAUGAGUUUGUCCAGAGGCUUCUGAAGGGUUACCUGAAGAUAAACAUGCUGGUGAUUGAACUAAAAUCCGAGGCACUUAAAGAUCGCCACUGGAAGCAGUUGAUGAAAAGGCUUCAUGUUAAUUGGGUUGUUUCUGAGCUAACCCUUGGUCAAAUCUGGGAUGUUGACUUGCAGAAAAAUGAAGCUAUUGUCAAGGAUGUGCUGCUUGUGGCACAAGGGGAGAUGGCUUUGGAAGAAUUUUUGAAGCAGAUAAGAGAGGUAUGGAAUACUUAUGAGUUAGACUUGGUUAACUAUCAGAACAAGUGUCGCUUGAUCCGAGGCUGGGAUGACCUCUUCAACAAAGUCAAAGAGCACAUCAACAGCGUCUCGGCCAUGAAGCUGUCUCCGUAUUACAAGGUUUUCGAAGAAGAUGCCCUGAGCUGGGAAGACAAGCUGAAUCGGAUCAUGGCUCUCUUUGACGUGUGGAUCGAUGUGCAGAGGCGGUGGGUCUACCUGGAAGGCAUCUUCACGGGCAGUGCGGAUAUCAAGCACCUGCUGCCAGUGGAAACCCAGCGGUUCCAGAGUAUCAGCACGGAGUUUUUGGCUCUGAUGAAAAAAGUAUCCAAGUCUCCCCUUGUUAUGGAUGUUCUGAACAUCCAAGGGGUACAGAGGUCUCUGGAGAGAUUGGCAGACCUGCUAGGAAAGAUCCAAAAAGCAUUGGGAGAAUACCUAGAAAGAGAGCGAUCAUCUUUCCCCAGGUUCUAUUUUGUGGGUGAUGAAGAUUUGCUUGAAAUUAUUGGAAACAGUAAGAAUGUAGCUAAGUUACAGAAACAUUUCAAGAAAAUGUUUGCUGGAGUUUCGAGCAUCAUCCUGAACGAGGAUAACUCUGUUGUCUUGGGCAUUUCAUCCCGUGAAGGAGAGGAGGUUAUGUUUAAAACUCCCGUGUCAAUUACCGAACAUCCCAAAAUCAACGAGUGGCUCACGCUGGUAGAAAAGGAGAUGAGAGUCACACUGGCUAAACUUCUUGCUGAGUCUGUUACAGAAGUUGAGAUUUUUGGUAAAGCAACUUCGAUUGACCCAAAUACGUACAUCACUUGGAUUGAUAAGUACCAGGCCCAGCUUGUGGUUCUCUCAGCCCAGAUCGCCUGGUCUGAAAACGUGGAGACCGCUCUGAGCAGCAUUGGGGGAAGCGGUGAUGCGGCGCCCCUGCACUCCGUGCUGAGCAACGUGGAGGUCACCCUCAACGUGCUGGCCGACUCCGUCCUCAUGGAGCAGCCGCCGCUGCGCAGACGGAAGCUGGAGCACUUGAUUACAGAGCUGGUUCACCAGAGGGAUGUGACGCGGUCCUUGAUCAAAAGCAAGAUUGACAACGCUAAAUCUUUCGAAUGGCUCAGCCAGAUGCGCUUUUACUUUGACCCUAAGCAAACUGACGUGCUACAGCAGCUGUCGAUCCAAAUGGCAAAUGCCAAAUUUAACUACGGCUUUGAGUACCUGGGCGUUCAGGACAAGCUGGUGCAGACCCCCCUCACCGAUCGCUGCUAUUUGACCAUGACUCAAGCCUUAGAGGCCAGGCUGGGGGGGUCGCCGUUUGGUAAGUUACUGCACAGACCUGGACAGAUGGAGACCAAGAGUAAGCAUAAUUUGUAAAGAUUAGACCAGUGAUU